AAUAUAUUCUGCGCACAUUUUACAUAUCCUUUCUUAUAUUAAUACGUGUCAUAGGUGUAUUCACUCCACAGUCGAAUUAUGUAUCGAUUAGAUGCUUUGACUGAAAUUGUGUGAAAUAUAUUUCGUUUCCUAAAUCGUCAGAAAAAUAUCAUAGUUAGUAGUUUUUAAUUUAAAUUUAUGAUUUUUACUUCAAAAAAAUGAUCUUCUCUCCUAUCAAAUUUUUGUAGACAAUUCCGUUCAACUUUGUACAUUUUUAAGACAAUGAAUGUGGACAUAAUAUUUUCAAAUACCAAAGUGACUUAAAUAUAAGCCUUAACGUUUUAAAUAAACGAGUAUCUCUUUUUUAAAUCGCAAACUUUCGAUCUCUAUUUCUGAUAAACCUCUCCUGCGAUAUAGAGCAAAACAGAGAGCUCAACAUACACACAUACAUACACGCUGUACAUAUACACAUAUAAUAUAUCGAAUUUUGUUCAUUUUCCAACCUGAGAGAUUUCGAAAAAGCGAAAAAGAUCGAAGUUUCCAUACCUCCUUUUCUGUUUUACUCGGUAACGGCUUGGUAAAGUAAAAAAAAAAGUAAUAAAAUGAGCAUCGCGAAAGGUUAUUAACUCGCGAUAGUUGGCAAUCCUGCCGGAUCGAGAAUCUCGAUCAACGAGAGAGAAGGAAGUAUCCAUCUACACAUCCAUCCAUCCACCGUACUGAGCCCCGUUGCACGUCGGGAACACUGAACAUGCACGUACGUCGUACGAGCGACGUAGAGCGUUGAAUGUGUCGAUUGCGUUCGGGGUUGGCUUGGACUUUUCGCGGUUGUAUGUGCGCGCAGCAACGUCGCGUGGUCGGCGAUCGAGGGUGUCGCGAAGCCUUCUAGCGUAUCGUGGACUGGUUGAUAAGAGGCGAGGUUGAAAAGUGAAACUUGUUCGUUCCCUGGGACGCUCGCCAAUUCUGGAGGUGCACCGACUCCUAUUGCGGCGUCGUUCUAACAAACAGCCGGGAGUAUACCGCAAAGUUCACAAACUGUGCAUCCGUGUGUAGAGGCAUCCAAUCACGGAAUUCGCGGGCUAAGAUGCCCGACGUGGCUCCUGUGGACAACGUCGGCAUCGAGACCAGGAUCAACGAAGAGGUGCACGACGAAGGGAACGACGCUCGCUCCUGGUUUCCCGCGAAUACACCGCCGAUUUCAUUUUUACGCAUACCCGUGCAUAUGGGCCAACAGUUUCUCGUAUUUUGAAACGCCAGUGCUUUGGCGAAUUAACUGUUUCGAAAGAAUUUCGUGCUCGAUGCACUGGAUUUGUUGCUACACGGUUUUAACAAUAACAACAUAGAAACAACGACUAUUUACUACCGCGGUAUUUUGCUCCUCGUUCACGUUCGAGGAAGUAUGUCGUGCGUUAUGUGAGCAGAAAAAUAUUUUGUUUAUGGUGCAGAUAGAUUUGAAAGGACGUAUAUUAAUUAAAGCUGGGUAAAUGGUUUCUUGAAAGUAUUCGGUAGUGACUGUGUUACUUUUCUGUGUUUACACUGGUCAAUGAAUGUCUACGUGGAAUAACUAAAAGUGUUUUAAUAAUCUUGUCAUACUUUGGAACAUCUGACAGUGCUUGCAUAAAUUGAAUACAUUGGCUGGUUCAAGAGAAUAUUUGUGUUCUACUCAGUCGCAUUGGAUGGUUGCUAUUCCAUUUUGAGAUAACAGUGUAAAAACAACGAUCACUUAUUAACCCAUUAUUCGCUUUGCUUGCCUCUAUGGAAGAAUGUAACGUGUGAUGCGAUCCGAGAAAUAUUUCAAAGGAAAUGUUUACGGGGCAGAUAGUAUUAGAGGUACGCAUUGAAAGACAAAUGUAAGACAACGGAUCUAUUUUCAUUUUCAAUGCUGAUAUUGUGAAAGAUAAAGCCAAAUAUCUUUCAAAGAUGUGCGAACAAACAGAAAUCAAUUACUUGGAUGGAGACAUUGUCUGGGUGAAACUCGGGGCUUGUUGGUGGCCAGGACAAGUUACCGGGUUUCAUAAUUUGCCAGAAGAUAUUCAACAUGAAUUUAAAAAAAAGCCUUUAAUAGCUGCUGUAAAGUUCUUUCAAGAGGAUACAUACGAAUUUGUCAAGAAUUAUCAACAGAUUUACAAGUACAAUUGCACGCAAAAAGAUGACUUCAUCAAAAAAGGAUUAGAUAAAUACAGAAGCAAAAGUAAGGAUGGCUCUAGGUACAUGGAUAAAUUCCCUGGAGAUGUUGAAAUGGCUGAAAAGUUAACAGGAGGCGAUCCAGACAUAUUAAGCCAAGAUAAAUUCUGUCCAGAAGAAAAGCCAAACAUAUCGGCACUAUUCGGAGAGAAGAAAAUUCCUAAGAAAAAACGAGAGCGCGAGGAAAAUCCUAGAAGAAGCGAUAGCAUUGAAGUAGUACGCAAAAUUACGCAUCCGCGAUUUUUAAAGGAAAGUGAUCAUGAAGUUCGAAUUCGUCACCAACCUACUAGUUUACCGUCUACGCCAAAUAGUGCCACUUCUCCGCAAUAUCCCUGUCAUUUGUGCAAUUUCACUUCUUCCCGCGUUAACGUUAUUAUUUGUCAUAUAAAAAGUCAUAGGUCGGGUGGCUCGCCAAUGGCAAAAUCAAAAGUAAAAACUUAUUCCCAGUAUAAAGGAAGAAUUUCAGAUGUAGAUACUCCUAAAAGAAAAUACGUCAAAAAAGAGAAAAUUCAGUCGAACAGAAGUAAAAGUAAUAGUGAAUCAAGCAAACGAAAGCAAUCUAAACAAAGUGAGAAAGCUGCUAAAAAGAAAAAGACAGAUCCUCAAAUUCGUGAUACUAUAUUAGCGGAUUGGGAAGAUGAAUCAGACGAGGAAAUUACUUUAAUUCAGAGUGAAAGUAGCUCGACAACGAAAAGUCAAUUUGACCUUGAAAAAUCAGAAGAUUCUAAUCAAAAGAACGAUACAGUGCCAGAUACCAAUGAAAUUAUUGCAGAAACCGAAAAAUUGCUUAAAGAAACUGAGAAAUUAACAUCGAUCGACGUAAUAAAGGAUUCUGUUGGCGGUACUAUUAACAUUUCGAAAAGUUUGCAAUCAAAUCUAUCUGAUAAUAAGUCAGAACAAGAGAAAGAUGCGAAAAUAUUGGAUACUGAUAUUAACAAAUCAAUCGAUAAAUCACAGAAAGAGAAGGAAAUUUUCAGUGUUGACAAUGAAAGUAAAGUUAAUGUCCCUAAGAAGGACGACAAAAAAUCCCUAUUAUCUUGUUUUGAUUUUCAUGAAGAGGAGCCAUCCAUACCUCCUGUAAGGAAAAAAGUUCGCGUGUUUCAUCAAAAGAAAGAAAUUAUAAAAGAAUUCGAAAUGAGUCAAGCUUUAAAAACGGAACAAGAAAAAGAAGCAGAAAAUAAUAAAGCUAGUGGUAAAGAUGAUACGAAACCAAAAGAGUCUGAAAACUUAGAUGCACAAUUGUCUUUGAGUGCGCAAGAUUCGGAUAAAUUUGGCAAAAAUAAAGAUAUCGAUCAAGGUAAGCAGACAAAUAAUGAAGUUAAACGAUCGAAAGAAAAGAGCGAAGUUGAAAAAGUACCAGAUGUGCAAAAAUCUGAUUCUGGUGGUUCUAGUACGGAAUUAGAAAUUGUAGAAAUAGUCGAGGUUGAAAAGGUUGAGAGUAAGAAUGAAAAAGCUAUAAAGGCUUCGAAACCUUUAGAAGUACAAGAUACUCGAGCAAUAAAUUCUGACAAAGAAUUAAUGGAAAAUAAAAAAUUAGAUACACAAAGUGUACCUACCGACAAUAAACAAGUAGAAUCUAAAGAUUCAGUUAACGAUGAUGAAAAUAUGGAACCGACGAAGCAGAAGUCUUCAAAAGAAGUUGACGACAUUUUGUCUGAACAGUGUACGACAGAAACGGAGGACGAAACGAUUUCUGAAUCCGCUGACACACUUCCUGAACAAAGCGAAAAUUCAGAUGUAGAUAUGUUGGAUCAAGAUCGAGUUCUUCAAUCUGACACUACGAAAAUUGUAUUAAAUAACGAUAAAUUGACUUUUACUCCGCAAGUUCGAAAGCGCAGAGGUAGGCCAAAAAAAUCAGAAUCAGCUCAUACCAGUACUAGUGGAAAUACAAGCGGAACUGAAAGUCCAAAAAUAAAGGAUAGGAAGUACAACAAAAAAUUGUUUGAAAAAUUUGAGUUAUCGAGAAGAACAUCCGAAUCCGACAGCGAACGUUCGUACAGUGGCAGAAAACGAAAACCAAAUAAAAAAUAUUUGGAAUCUGAUAUAUAUGUGCAAGAUGUGGAACAAAAACUAUAUAGAACUGAUGAAAGUCAAUCCGAAAGUGAAGAAAUUAGUUUUGAAAAAGUGAAAAGUAAAUCAAGGAGAAAUAAAAAAGGGAUAGAAAUGGACAAGAAAAGAAAUGAGGGCAUCGUUUUGGAAGAGCAAAAAGAAUUGGAAAUUUCUUGUAGUGUAUUGAAUUCAUCAGAAAAUAAUGUUCCUGCUUCAAGUACAGAAGUGAAGCAUGAUUUGACUGAUAAUAGUGCAUGCAAAAAUGAAAUGUUAUUGGAGGUAGAUAAAGAAGUAAGUGACAAUCAACCUCCUAUUAAAACUUCUGAAAAAUUACAAGUGUCUUCGGAGGAAAGAUGUUCCCCAGAAAAAUCUGAUAUACGUGUAGUUUCUGAAGAUACAAAAAUGUCAAUAACAGAAAAUAUUUCAAAAAGUCAGAGUAUAACACAUGACCUUGAGAAAGGAAAAGGUAAUGAAAUGGAAACUGAAAAUAUAUUACCUUCAAGUGAUCCUCAACAAGAAACUUUAAAAGAUAUGAAAACGGAAUCUUCAAGUACAUUUCAGUUAGAACCUUUGCCAGAGAAGGAAACAACUCCUAAAAAAUUGGAUACUUUGAAAACAGUCGACAUGCUUCCACCUAAAAAGUCUCAAAUCAAAAAGUUUGAGCUAUCACAAAUUGAUUUUUUUGACACCAAUGCCUCCACCAAUAAAACUAUUACACAGCCUGAAUUAGAUAGGGGACAAGAAAAAUUGGAGGAUGUGAAUAAUGAAAUAGUUGAAACCAGUGUGGAUGCAAAUGCAAUCAGUCCUUUGAAACAAAAAGAAGACAAUUCUACGGAAAAACUUGGACAGAAUACUAUCAAACCAACAGAUGAGGAUAUUGGAAAAGAUGCAUUAAAAGAAGAGAAGAAAAUUCAGGAUAAAGAAGAAAUUAUAUCAACAAAUCAGGAAGUUCAUAAAGUAGAAAUGGAAACACCAGAGACCCAAGAAUUAGAACUUACAUUAGAAAGUUCAGAACAACUGUCCAAAGAUGCCCCAACUGUUUUAAGCGAACAAGUUCAAAAGAGAUCAUCUAUGCAAACAAGGUACAAAGGGAAAUUUACACCAGAGACAGGUGCUAAGUCUAAAAAAGAUAAAGAAUCGAUAGACGAUAAAUCAACGAACACAUUCCAGGAAGCUUUUUUGAAAACUUUACACAUAGAUAAGAAAAAAGGUACAGUAGAUGAUUCUGAGUCACCUGGAAAAGGAAGAAGAGGUAAGAAAUCAGUUAAAAAGAAACUUGAAGAUGAAGAAGACACAAACAUUUUGUCUGUGACAACCCAAGAUGUAAAAACUGAUGAUGAGUUAAAUAAAGGCUUAGAAACCUUUCCUAACAAUCAGUCUCAGGAAAAUAAUUCUCAAAUCGCAGUUACAAGUAAUUUUGAAGGUAUUGAAAUUGUAGUUGAUCAAAAUCUUGAAGUUGAUACAAAAAUGGACGAUAGUAUGUUUCAAAACAUUGAUCAGCUAGCAUCGUCAUCAAGUGAAUUAGGCAUUAUGACCAAGUCAAUAGCACAGUACCCUUCUAUUGAGGACAGGCCUAAAACCAUCAGCUUAGACAUACAAAAGUUUGACGAAUCUUCAAGAAUGUCUACGUCCACACCUUCGCCAUCAUCGGACAUUACAGUACCAGUAAAGAAACGUGAAAUGCCGCGAAUAAUUGAAAAUGUUACGUUGACUGAACCUAUGCAGAUUUUAAAAUCAAAAUUACUGGAUAAGUUACCACAGAAAGGACUGAAGCAUAAAUUAGAAACAGAUAGUACAAAAAAAGGUGAUCAAAAAGGUAGUUCAAAGGCAAAAAUAAUGAAACUCGAGUCUACGUCGUCGAACGCCAAAAUGAAAACUGGUCUAAAAGUUACAUCUCCUAAUCUGUCUCUGACUAAAAAAUUACAAGUGCUGAAAGCUGAGGAAGCAGAAACUGCCGCAAUGAUGGAAGCACAAAAUGAACAGUUAAAUCUGAAAACAUCGAAAACUGCUACCGCAACAACCACAACAGAGAAAUAUAUUCAACAAAGUUCACAAAGCCUGGCGGAUAUGGAACUGGAUAUAAACUCGAUGCCAUUUGUCUUGAGCGAAGAUGUUUUAACUCCAGAAAGUAUUGAACAAAUGCCUGUUGUUAUAUCAUCCAUCAUACCUGCAUCCAGUACGAUACCGGCAACUUUGUCAUUCACGCCUACCACACAAAUAGUGUCACCCACUCAAACCCAUUUUAAAUUAAAUGAAAGUACAAGCGAAUUAUCGCCUUCGAAGAAGAAGAGUGGUACACCCGCAAUCUUGAAAAACAAAAGUAAAACGAAACCUACGAUCACGAGUAUAAAAACGUUAGUACCACCACUUACCGGUGGCGUAAAAGGUUUAAAGUUUCAAAGUGCUCCAGCAACAAGCAAAGUUCCUCCUCUUCUAACACAGAAGGGAACACCAGGUAAAUAUGUAGUUGUUCAAACUUCUGGAGGACAGCAAUUACGUUAUAGCGUUCAAGGUAAAACGGGAACGCAACAAAAAAUUGCUAUACCAUCUGGUAAAAGUGCUGGAAAUGCACAAAUAGUUCAACAAGGAGGAAAAGUGGUUAUAUUAACGUCAGCUCAAUCUGGUCAAACGAAAAUGUUACCUUUAAAUAUCUCUAAAACAUUAGGUGGUAAAGUUCAAAGAAUUAUGACCAAUAAAGGCCAAGUACUCUGUCCUAUCAGUCCACAGGGUAUCGUAAAUUCAAAAACAAUAAUUGCCCCAAAGGGAGAUGGUGUCUCACCAACGACAUCUAAGCUUCCUGCGGGACAUAAAAUUCUUAAUACCCAAAGUAUAAUAGCGUCGAAAGGAGUAUUAACUCCUAUUUCAGGAACAAUUGCUAAGACAGCUUUGUUGGGAACCUUAUCUCAGGGAAUUCUUACAAAAGGUGGAAUUUAUACUCCGAUAAGUACUGCUACUUUAAGCGGGAAAACGAUUAUUGGAUCAAAGGCUUUAGUAACAAAAGGUACUACUAUUUUGUCUCCUCAGAACUUAGGAACUUCGAAAGCUAUUUUAACUCCUAUAUCUCAAGCUCUCACGACGAAAACACUUUUAAGUCCUCAAGGUAUCGUAAGUAACAAAGCUACUGUUUUGACACCAAUAACAGGGCAACAAGUAAAAGCCAUUGCGGCAAAAAGUCCAUCCAAAGGCACAAGUAAGGUGCACUAUCAAUCUGUACAACAAAAGGUGCAGUUACCCAUAUUACAAAAAUCGCAAAAAGUUUCAUUGUCUUCGCAAGGUAGAUCUGGACAAUUAAAAGCUACAGCUAAUACGGUAGUAUUGCAGAAUACUAUGCCCACACAAAAGACUGUACAUCAAGGAAAGAGAGGAAUAAAACAAACAGUUGUUCAGCAAGGUUCACUUCAAAAUAUUUCAUCUCAAGGCAGCACGCAACAGGUAAUAGGUAUAAAUCCACAAAUUCAACAAAAAGGAAAAGCAGGAUCUACAUCGACUAUACAAAAAGUCAUCGUUCCUCGUGGUAGCCGACACUCAAAAUCGCAACAAAAGAUAGUUGUUCAAAAAGUACAAGAACCUGCAAUCACGACAGUACAAAGUAUUCAUACAAAACAAACAGCACUGACAAGUGUGCCAAGUAUGUCUAAGAUAACAACGGAUCAGAAGCAAGCAAGUGCUACAAUCACAAAGGCUUCUACAAAAGGUCACGCGAUAAGUAAAGCUACCCAACAGCAGAAAAAUUUAUUAAAUAUUGCGAUGAAUUCAGCAUCCGCGAGUAACGUUAAUACGAAUCUCUCUGCAUCGUUAUCUCUUCCACCGCUGGAGCCUAUCGAGCCUGAAAAGAAAUUAAAAGUGGAAAACGUACUAACUGAGACUGUGCAGAAAGAGCAACCUAAAAUAGAAAAGUUUAGUGUUGAAAAAGGCAGCGAGGUAGAAAAAGUGGAAGAACCAAAAGUAGCAACACAGCCGCAAAUAAUGGCUUUACCAACGGAGAGCAGCGACGGAACGCAAACUUAUGUUUUAGUAACUAUCGAUGACCAGGGACAAAUACAACCACUCGAUAAUAAUACUCUUAUGUCAUUGGAAGGCACUACACAGAAUCCAGAUGGCACGAGAACUUUGUACAUAGAUCCUAGUUCAUUAGGAGAAGCAGGCACAUUGGAUAACAUUGUUCUACAAUUUGACAAUGGUGUCAUGCCAAGUAUACAAACCACUGUUACAGAACCCACUCAGACAAUUAUAUCUGAAAGUUUUCCUACUUCAGAAGUGAUACAAACGUCGAAUCAAGAUAUUCUGGCAGCGGCUCUGGCUAAUACGGAUUUCCAACAAGAAAUUAGCUUAUCGGAUAAUCCAGCAGGAAGCGUAAUGACUACUGGUUUGACUCAAACAAGUUUGAUCAAUCAGACUAUUUUACAGUCAACUAUCAUCCCACCUACCGAGCCAAUAUCUUCUGCCUCUGUACUUGAAACAUCGUUAACCUUGAAUCAGCCUAUAAUGACUCCACUAGAGGUGCCCAGUAGUUUACCUAUACAAACGGAAUCAACUUCGACUUCUACUAUAGCAACUAUUCCAUCUUCUCUCGAACUACCAAUAACCAUAACGAAUCCUAACAUUUCUUACAUUUCAACUGGUGAAGCACAAAUUCAGAUUCCUGGUAAUUCCAUGCCAGAUAUUGGAGAAAUCAUGGAAAGUUCAAGUACAGCGGAAAUUGCUCGAACAGAAAUUCCUGCGAGUACACAGUACCUAGUGUUACCGAAUUUGGAAAGUAAUAUCGCUGUGGAUGCUCAAAAUGUUCAAAACGACGCAAUAUCAAUACCUAGCGUUUCAUAUUCAGUUUCAAUACCAAACAACAUGGUUUUACAAAGUUCCCAAGUUCAAACGACUCCUUCGAUGCCUAUAAUAGAUGACACCUAUACUGAAAAUGUACAAUUUACAUCUACCAUUGAACCAUCGAUAACAACCGAGCAAUCUUUUGUGGAUAUACCUGUUUCUGAGAUGCUUGUUUCGAAGCCUGCUAUUUCCACGGAAACUAUACAAUCGCAAGAUAUUACUGUAACAUCAGAAAUGAUAGUAUGCGACGAUGUUCCUGCAUCCUCUGAAGAAUCUAUCGUAUCAACAAAUGAACCUUCCACUUUACACGAACACCAAGAUUUGAACAGUGUAGAAAUAUCUUUGCAGGAAGAGAUCUCUUCUCAAGAAAUACCCAUUAAAUCGGAAGAGAUAGUUUUACAGGAUACGAUUGUUAAAGAAGAUAGCAGUUCAAUCAUUGCAGCGGGUAGUCAAAGCGAAGAAGUUAGCAAUAAUGAUGAUAUAGCACAUGUGCAAAUUGCGAAGCAACCAGAUGAGUCGACGACAAAUAGUUCGUCGAUAAUAGAUGAGACUGCCUUAGUUACAUCUGAAUCCAGUUCAAAAAUGUCGCCUGCGGAACACACGAGUUUUGAAGUUUCCGAUUCGAACGUAAUGGAAACGGAUACUUCGCAACAAUCAAAAAACACAGAGAAACUUAAAGAACUGAAUUUGACUCGAGAAACUAGUACUAUAGCCUCCUCUCCAGUAAUCGAAGAGCAAGCUGCAACAUCUAACGAAGUAGAAUCUGUUCCAGAGUCAGCGCAAAUUGUACCUGCGGAGUCACUGAAUCGUUUAGACGAGCAAAGUAUGGAUGUAGACGAGGCUAUCGAUUCGAAAAUGUAUGCUGCGAGUACAAUUAAAGAUGACUGCCAAAGAGACGAGCCGUCGUCUCAGGGUGAAUCAGAACCGGUGCAAAGAAAUUUAGAGUUACAUUUCGAAGAUACGAAUUUAGAGACUAAUCACGAAACGCCGUCGCAAUCGUACGAGCAAUUUGGAGUAGCAGUGACUACCGAUUCUACCGAUUUACCUAGUCAAUCUGCUACGAAGUCCGAGAAUUCGAGGGAGCCGUCGCAGUCGAUAACAUACGAGCCAAUGGAAACGGACGAAGAAGCAAUCGUUACGGAACCACCGAGUCAAUCGUUUGAACAUUCGAAAAUUAACGAAGCCUCUCAGUCGUACGAGACUUCCGCGGAAGCAAGUACAAAUGCGCCUACGCAAUCGUUUAACGAACUUAUGCAGAGUCAAGAGGAGAGAACGACUAUGGACGAGGCGAUCGACGAUCAAACGUUUCCAACGCAGAGCUACGAAGUCGGUAAAGCGGAAAAUAUUUCGGAAAAUCUAGAGACUGACACUGAAAUUAGCCAGGAGGGAAACAUGCCGUCUCAGUCGAACGACAUUGGUGCUGACGGUAUCGGUACCUCUUCGGUUUCUACGAAUAAUUCUGGUCUCAACGAGGACGAAACUGCCAGUUCGUCUUACGUUCCAGAAACUCCUGAGAACCAAGAAAGAGAUCCAGACCAAGAAAGUGCAAUAAGUACGUCGUCUUGCGAGAUUCCACCCUGCGCGGAACUGAACAUUGCGUCGUCCAGCGCAGAGCACACGAGUAUCCAUGACAAUGGAGUACCUGAAAUACCUACAUCUUCGUACAAUUUGAACCCAGACAUUUCGUCAACCCACGUGGAUUCUGUACCAACUUCUAGUUACGAAGAGCAGAAUGUAUCAACCUCUUACGAAGUGCCGAUCUCGAUGCCUGGCCUAGAAGAGGCUCCCUCCCAGAAUUUCGUUACCGAGAGCACGGAUCAUAGAAACGAGCCUUCCAGCUACUAUGCUCAUCACCAGGAAGUGACAGCGAGCUAUUAUGAAUCGGUAGGCCAAGAAACAAAUUCUAGGUUGGAUGAAGAUCCACAGGAGGAGGUCACACCCAGUUAUUACGAGGGUAACCCGCAAGAAGCAAGUCAGAGCUAUUUUAAUCCAGAAGAAGCUACACCGAGCUAUUCCAGUCAUAAUGUUUCUCCUAGUUAUUACGAUCACAGACCAGAAAGUGAGGCAAGUCAAAGUUACUACUCUACGGACGAUAUAGAAAAGACGGAGCAGUCCUCGCAAAAUAUUGAAGCCUCGCAAAGCUUUUAUCAAGAACAGUCGGACGAAUUAAAAUUAAGGCAACAAGGAGAAGCUACUCCUACAUACACGGAAAGAUACCCAGUCGAUUACACAUUGGAGAAUUCACCUAUAGAAAGGCAUGAUCUUGUAGAAAGUUCUGUACCAGCCACCAAGCCUACAGAAAGGUAAUACAUUAUGAUAGGAAAUAGCAUUGUGCUACGGGGAAACUCCUUGUUUUCAUAGACUAUCAGACAUUACAGCCAUUGAUAGAUAAACUCGAAUCUAUUUUCAAGUGUACAUAUAAUAUUAAGAUGAUAAGUGACUAGACGUAAGAUUAAAAUUAGAUUCUUACUAUAAUUUAUAUCUAUAUAUAAAAAAUAUAUACAUAUAUUAUGUCUACUAAAUGUAUAUACAUACGUACAUGUUAACACAAUGUAUGUAUAUAUAUAUAUAUUUAUAUAUGUCGAUAUAUUUAUAUAUAUAUACAUAUAUAUCGACAACGGAUGCAAUCCGUAGAUAGAACUCGGUACGUAAGCAAUGUAAUUAUAAAGAAAUAUGGUUUCAUUACAAAGACACUAUGAUCUAAUUAUUGUUUUUUUCAUAUACUGAACUAGUAUCGUCUUUUCAAUAUAAUAUACCCAUGAUUUCAUUUAAUUCUUGAAAGUGAACACGUUAAUAUUUUGUCAUCUAAUUAUUUCAUUGCUAUUGUGCAUUUUCAAACACUUUGCACAUGUAAUGUGUAUGUUGUAAAAUUUUACUAUGGAUCAUUGGAGUAGUAGUAAGAUCUACCAAUUAUGUUUUCAUGAUGUGAUUGUCGUAUGAGAAAUAUGUUUGUCCUAUGAAUAAUCUGUUUUACAAUCAUCUUGAAUGAAUAAACAUAAAUUGAUCGUAAAAUACUUAUACGUUGCUAUACAUUCUUAUUAAAGAUGGUUGGGGUUACAUGAGUUUACUACUACUCCGUAGUGUCGAGUCGUAACGAGCGAUUUUUCGUCUGACACCCGAAGAACAUCAGCUCGAGUGAUUGUAUAAAAAUAAAUGCACAAUAUAUCUUCAAUAAAGUACCAGUAAUCUACGCCUCAAAAUAUUUGUAAAAUACAAGUAAAGACUUUUUGGGCUCUCAUUUGAAGACUUAAUUUUUCAGAUAAGUUUUUCACCAUCCUUCUCUUUCGCUCGAUGCGUCGCCUGCUGAUAGAAAUUUUUUAAUGUUGUAACUAAUCACAGGUACGAAUGGUUGAGCGAAUCGAGGAUCGUGUUAUUAGACAUACAGCGUUUACUUUAUAGAUAAUAGCUUACAUUAUGAGAAAUAAAGAAGCCUAUUAUUUCAAAUAUAGUGAUGUGUAAUCUGUGUGUUGAAGUGUAAAGGAUAAAAACGAUUUAUUAGGAAAUCUGUCGUGUUUGAGAUAAGUUUAUACCUACAAGGAGUGAUUUUUAAUUGAAAAUAUUCUGAGAAUUCAAUUUCUGUCGAAUUAACUUACCCAAAACAUCGCAUAUUUUACGCGUAAACCAAUUUAGAUACAUAAUGAUCGACUGAAAGUACAUUUUUAUGGUUUUUAAAGAAGUCUUAUUAGAUCUUAAACAAGACAGAUUUACCAACAUAUCCUAAUAGAAAUGAUUAUAUUAUAUUCUUUAUAAACUCAUGUUAUCAAAAAUAAAUCUGUUUUUAUUUCUCGUGGCGUUUUCAAUUACGGUCACGUGUGUACAUAUUAUGUAUUAUGUUAUCGUCAGGAGAAGAAAGUUAUUAAUUAAAGUUAUUAAUGUCGCACUAAAAAGAAAACACAAAGUUGAUCAAAUGUUCUGGAUAAAUUGGGCCAGAUAAAUUUUCUAAGAUGAACUGAAUUGUUAAUAUUCUUUAAUUGCUCUUACAAUUGAAUCGAUAUGUAUAUAUUUAUGCAUGCAUAUAUGUACCUCCGUAAAUAUACAUGCAUAUAUAUCUUCCACUCGAAAGAGGUACACUACAAAAAUUUCUGUACCUAUAAAUAGUAUAUAAUACUGUGAGAUGGGGGUAAAGAUAUAGUUACAUUUUCUAAUAAAACUUUCUGAUACAAUCGUAAGUUGGGAUAUGUGUGUUGCUUCGUUGAAGUAACCAAAUCUAAGUGGCAUAAAGUGAUACCGAAUAAAUUACCAUUACUGCGUUCUUAUAUCAAUAACAAUUUGAUACUUUCAUCACUAACAAUAUUAUCUUUUUAUUUCUACAGUGUGCACCACAUACACGAUUGUAACUAAGAGAUAAUAUAAAUAUAUGAAUAUUUACGUAACAGAUUAUAUGUAUGUACAAUGAAUGCU